AUGUUCAAUCGCUUUAAUAAACUUCAAGCCGCUUUGGCUUUGGUCCUUUACUCCCAAAGUGCAUUGGGCCAAUAUUAUACCAACAGUUCCUCAAUCGCUAGUAACAGCUCCACCGCCGUUUCGUCAACUUCAUCAGGUUCCGUUUCCAUCAGUAGUUCUAUUGAGUUGACCUCAUCUACUUCUGAUGUCUCGAGCUCUCUCACUGAGUUAACGUCAUCCUCCACCGAAGUCUCGAGCUCCAUUGCUCCAUCAACCUCGUCCUCUGAAGUCUCGAGCUCUAUUACUUCAUCAGGCUCUUCAGUCUCCGGCUCAUCUUCUAUUACUUCAUCAGGCUCAUCAGUCUCCAGUUCAUCUUCUGCCACUGAAUCAGGCUCAUCCGCCUCCGGUUCAUCCUCCGCCACUGAAUCGGGCUCAUCAGUCUCCGGUUCAUCUACUUCCAUUACAUCAGGCUCAUCCUCCGCCACUGAAUCGGGCUCAUCAGUCUCCGGUUCAACUUCUGCCACUGAAUCAGGCUCAUCCGCCUCCGGUUCAUCUUCUGCCACUGAAUCAGGCUCAUCCGCCUCCGGUUCAUCUUCUGCCACAGAAUCAGGCUCAUCAGUCUCCGGUUCAUCUUCUGCCACAGAAUCAGGCUCAUCAGUCUCCGGUUCAUCUUCUGCCACAGAAUCAGGCUCCGCUUCUUCGGUUCCUAGCUCAUCCGGUUCUGUCACAGAAUCAGGCUCAUCCUCAUCAGCAUCUGAAUCAUCUAUCACACAAUCUGGUACCGCUUCCGGUUCAUCAGCCUCCAGCACGUCCGGUUCUGUUACACAAUCUGGUUCCUCCGUUUCCGGUUCAUCAGCUUCUUCUGCUCCAGGUAUCUCGAGUUCAAUUCCUCAAUCAACCUCAUCGGCUUCCACUGCCUCUGGUUCUAUCACCUCCGGUACCUUAAGUUCUAUUACCUCUUCGGCUUCUAGUGCAACUGCAACUGCUUCCAACUCUCUUUCUUCCAGCGAUGGUACUAUUUAUUUGCCUUCUACAACCAUCAGUGGUGACAUCACACUCACCGGUUCAGUCAUUGCAACUGAAGCUGUCGAAGUCGCUGCAGGUGGUAAGUUGACCCUACUUGAUGGUGACAAAUACGUUUUCUCUGCUGAUUUCAUAAUCCAUGGUGGCGUUUUCGUAGAAAAGUCUAAGCCAACUUACCCAGGUACCGAAUUCGACAUUUCUGGUGAAAACUUUGAUGUAUCUGGUACCUUUAACGCUGAAGAGCCUGCUGCUUCUUCCGCAUCUGCCUACUCCUUCACUCCAGGCUCUUUCGAUAACAGUGGUGAUAUUUCUUUGAGUCUAUCAGAGUCCACAAAGGGCGAAGUCACAUUCUCUCCCUACUCUAACUCUGGUGCUUUCUCUUUCUCAAAUGCUAUUCUCAAUGGUGGUUCCGUCUCUGGUUUGCAGCGUAGAGCUGAAUCAGGUUCUGUCAACAACGGUGAGAUAAAUCUUGAGAAUGGCAGUACCUACGUCGUUGUCGAACCAGUUUCUGGAAGUGGUACAAUCAACAUCAUCUCUGGCAACCUUUACUUGCACUAUCCAGACACCUUUACUGGCCAAACUGUUGUAUUCAAGGGUGAAGGUGUUCUUGCCGUUGACCCAACCGAAACCAACACUACUCCUAUCCCUGUGGUUGGAUACACUGGUGAAAACCAAAUCGCCAUUACAGCAGAUGUCACUGCUCUUUCUUACGACAGUGCUACUGGUGUUUUAACUGCAACACAAGGCAACUCACAAUUCUCCUUCUCUAUUGGUACUGGGUUCUCCAGUUCUGGCUUCAACGUCUCCGAAGGAACAUUUGCUGGUGCCUAUGCUUAUUAUCUAAAUUACGGAGGUGUUGUUGCUUCCAGCGCUACACCCUCAUCCACAUCUACCACAUCAGGGGCUACCAACUCUACUUCCGGUUCCACUUCAUUCGGUGCUUCCGUAACUGGUUCAACCGCUUCCACUUCAUUCGGUGCUUCCGUGACUGGUUCAACGGCUUCCACCUUGAUUUCCGGCUCCCCAUCUGUUUAUACCACAACAUUAACAUAUGCAACAACCACAAGCACAGUAGUUGUCUCCUGUUCAGAAACAACUGAUUCGAACGGUAACGUCUAUACCAUUACCACAACCGUACCAUGUUCAUCUACCACCGCCACUAUCACUUCUUGCGAUGAGACCGGAUGUCAUGUAACUACGUCUACCGGUACCGUCGCCACUGAAACCGUUUCUUCCAAAUCAUACACCACUGUUACCGUCACCCACUGUGACAACAAUGGCUGUAACACCAAGACUGUCACUUCUGAAUGUCCUGAAGAAACUUCAGCAACUACUACUUCUCCAAAAUCAUACACUACUGUUACCGUUACUCACUGUGACGACAACGGCUGUAACACUAAGACUGUCACCUCUGAGGCCCCUGAAGCCACAACCACUACUGUUUCUCCAAAGACAUACACUACCGCUACUGUUACUCAGUGCGAUGACAAUGGAUGUAGCACCAAGACUGUCACUUCUGAAGCUCCUAAAGAAACUUCAGAAACUUCAGAAACCAGUGCUGCCCCUAAGACAUACACUACUGCCACUGUUACUCAAUGUGAUGACAAUGGUUGUAACGUCAAGAUAAUCACCUCUCAAAUACCUGAAGCUACUUCAACCGUCACCGCAACUAGUGCUUCUCCAAAGUCAUACACUACUGUCACUUCUGAGGGUUCUAAAGCAACCUCAUUGACUACUGCCAUUUCCAAGGCUUCUAGUGCAAUUUCCACAUACUCCAAAUCUGCAGCUCCAAUAAAGACCUCUACUGGUAUCAUUGUCCAGUCCGAGGGUAUUGCCGCAGGUUUGAAUGCCAAUACUUUGAAUGCAUUGGUCGGUAUUUUCGUUCUUGCUUUCUUUAACUAA